GCCAACUGAAAUGAUCCAGUUUGUGAAAGCCAACUUGUUUCUAGGACUGCUUAUAUGGAUGCUUGUUGCUACUUCGAGUGGAGAGUCCAUAGAAUCGCCAAAAACAGAAACUUUAACGCAACAGAGUAAGAAUGAAACCGCAAUUCCUCGUCAACAGUGGAAACGAGCUCCUUUGACAGCGGUGGAUGCCUUCUAUGCAGGAAUAGCGUUGGUGUAUUUGCUAUUCUUCGGUUUGGGUACCUGGAGAAAUCUUAACAUAUCCAAGCAAUUAGGUCAACUAUUAAGUUCUUGUGCUUCUUCUCAAUUUGCUUGGACGGGUGUGGAUAAAGAUGGGAAGUUACUGUACCAGGAUGGCAUCGCAAACUAUAUCUUUUACGCCUCUGGUCGUAGAUACAUAACUUGGCUAAAGUGUGAACUAGAACUGAAACAUAGACAGGAUCCAUUUUUCUAUUUCCGACGUCCUUUUGAGAACAGAUGGAAUAUGAGAGACCGAUUGCAUAUUCGUGUGUCCCUGAGUAAGGAGAAUCUUGCUCCCUUGACUUUUUGUUUGAUCAAAGCUAGGGGAGCAAAAAGAUUUCGCUCGGAACACAAGGACGUGGAAAACUAUUGUGAGUCCUUCUCUUCAUACCUCUCAACUUUGAACGUACCGGCUCUUGGAAAGUUCGAACUUUACUCAGAGAGUUUAGAACUUGCUAGAAAAAUAUUAGCAGAAGAUAGAAUGCUGCAAAUAUUGAACAAAUAUGGACAUCUUAUUCAACGCAUAUAUAUUUGUGAAGAAACUUCAAAGUCAUCCAACGAGAAUGAAACACUUAAAAAGUGGAUAGAUAUUCAGUCCAUCAUACCCAGCGACUUUACAGGUGUCCAAGAUUUUCUUCUGCUUGCUUGUUGGCUUAGUGACUAUAUAAGUACCGUACAGUUAUCUGCUGGAGUAUUACAACGUUCUGAGAAACUUCGGAAUAUGGUAAAGGAAGAUGAAGAGAAGGCAAAGGAAAAGAAAAGAAAAGAACAAAUAUUAAAAGAGAAGCAAGAAAAGAAACAACAAGAUACUUCCGACGUUUUUUCUCUAAGUAGAAGUGCUCAAAAGAAAUUGGAGGAAAAACAACGUAAAGCAGAACUGAAAAAGAAAAGCAAAAAAGGUUUUCGAUUCUUAGCCGUUUAAAUAAAGUUUGACGUUCAUCCAC